AUGUUUACGACGAGAAUAUUAUCCCUCCUUGCGAUAGCGACGAGUGCGUUGGUGCAGGCACAUACGGUUAUUACAUAUCCAGGAUGGAGAGGAGAUAAUUUGAUUACGAAUGAGACUUUUCCUUAUGGAAUGCAAUGGAUGUAUCCUUGCGGCGGCAUGCCAACCACCACCAACCGAACCCUCUGGCCCAUCAAAGGAGGCGCCAUCGCCGUCCAACCCGGCUGGUUCCAAGGCCACGCCACAGCCUUCUUCUACAUGAACCUCGGAUUCGGUACUGAUGGUCCCGACAAUGGUCCCCAAAACAUGUCAUUCCCAAUGAUAUCCGUCAUGCAAAUUAUCGGCCCUAGCAAGAAUCCUUACCCAGGAACAUUUUGUUUGCCGCAGGUACCAUUACCAGCUAAUACGACGGUUAACGUGGGAGAUAAUGCAACGAUUCAAGUAGUUGAGACGGCAAUUCACGGAGCGGCUCUUUAUUCGUGCGUAGACAUAACCUUUGCAGACCCCAAAGACGUAGCCGAAGUAAACAGUUCCAACUGUUUCAAUUCCUCCGACAUCUCCUUCGCAAACGUGUACACCAUCAACGACGCCUCAGCACCAGGUACCUCUCGCUCAUCUGCCACAUCGGGUACGUCUGGUACGUCUGCUGCGCCGCCUAGUCGUUCUAUGUGGGUGGGAAGUUUGGCCGCGGUGUUGGGGACUGCUAUGUGGGUUUUGUUGUGA